AAGCUUUAUAGUUACUGAUUUUAUUUUAAAUUUCCAAUCGAGCGUGUAAGGUGUAUUAUAGACAAAUACUCUUAGAAAUAAUAUCAUAAAUUGUUUGUGCAUAUUUAAUCACCACAAAAGAAGAUUCUCAGUCGAGAGAUUGUCAUUAUGUAACACUAAAUUUAAUUGACAAAGUCGUCGGGACAGUGUAGGAAGUCCAAGUGGCUUAUUAGCGGAUUAAAGUGCUUGAAGAUGAAAGUAGUGGUGUCCUUAGUUUUGUUUAACCUUAUUUCGACCAUUAAUACUCAAACUGGUACCAAGUCGAAUACAGUUCCAGCUAUAGUACGACAAACCUUUGAUAUUACUCCUGAAGGAACAUAUAAUUAUGCUUUUGAAACUGAAAACGAAAUUUAUUUAGAAGAGGAAGGACAUCAUAAUAAUGACGGAACAUUAACAAAACAAGGACAGUACCAAUAUACUGGACCAAAUGGGGAGAUCAUAAGGACGAUAUACACAGCUGACGAAGAUGGCUUUCAUCCCCAAGGUGCGCAUUUACCAACUGCCCCCCCUCUUCCUCCAGCAUCUUUUUCGUUUAGCAAUUGGCCUUAAAUAAUUAGUUUGUUUUAAAAAAUAAUCUGUAUUUUUUAUACAUAUCAAAAAGUAGGUAUCCAGAGUACAAAA